AUGUCCACGGAGUUGCCUGGCGAAAGGGCUUUGGGCGACUUCCAUUGGAAUGGCGUGCCACUACGAAAUGUGCCUGCAUCCUGGGAUGAUUGCAAGUCUCUUCUCGACCACACGGUCUGGAUCGUCGACAACCUGCGAAGAUGCCCUUUCAACGCGCCGCGCGUUAUCCUGGAAAACUCAACAAAAAUUGAGAGACUGUUUCGCCCCCAGAUGAAGAGAAAUGAGCCACAGGACAAGUGGGAGAAGGCACAUGUUGAUUUGAACGACGAGAAUAAGGCUACAGCAUUAGCAUAUUAUCUCUUUUUCGACUCUGAUCAGCUCAUUCUUGACCGAGGCGUCAAUUGCUGCGGACAGUGCCGCAAUGAAAACAACUUUGGGCCAGGCGAUACAUGCUUCUCGGGUCUAAAGCAUGUACUCCAAGGAGCCUGCUUCAACUGCGUGUACAACAGCACAUCAGAUCUGUGCACGUUCAAGAGAGCUGCGGACACUGGCAGAUUCCUAGGUUUCACACAGAAUUUGUUGAAGCAGACAAGCACGGAAGCUUUGCUUGACAUGUACGACAUGACACUCGAAGAGCUUGAAGCACGCCGUAGACGAGGGGAGGAAGAGUCGUGA